AUUGUAUUAUGGAAUUAGAAAAGAAGAAAGAUAAGAAACAGAGACGACAUGGCAUUUCGGCGUUGCCAGUUGCUUUAGAUUGUAAUGAUUUAAAUGAAAGAUUGAUAAACGUCGGACCUCGUUCGUUAGCAUCAAGGGUUGGGCAUGAAGAGUCUCGAAAUGCUUCUGAGGAUAAUAAAGCAUCUGGAAACAAAUCAUUUUCUGUGCAAAAGGAAACUGUUAGAUCAGUGGAGAGUGUUGAAAACCCAGCGGUGGUCCAGGAGACGGAUAAUGGCAGAAUAGAUUUUGGAGAAGUAUCGAAAACGGUUGGGAAUCACAAAAUAGCUUCUGAAGACCCACCUAAAGCAGGAAUGAAGGAAAUGAGUAUGAAUGAAGUCGGCUGUAUUGAUGAGACUUGUCAAAAUUCAGGGACAUUCACAUCCUAUUCAUCUAGCAAUGACACAAUGAAUGAUUUCUCAAAAGACGAAAUAUCGCAAAUAUAUCCUAGUCUGCAAAUGCAUGACUCGCAAAUAUCAUUUGGUAAAAAGGUUGAUGAAAAGCCACGGGAUUCACUUUCACAUGAACAAACAAACAGAUCAGUUGAAGUGCUUUGCUCUGCUACUAGCCAAUCAUGGCACGAGUCAUCACAAAUUCAGUUAAUGAAACAGAUACGAACACAAACUGUGAACGAACGCAUAGCUAAUGUUUAUUCGUCCUUGUUAUUGGAAAAAGAUCAGUUUGGAUUACUGACAGAGAAUCAGUUGUUAACAUUUUAUCAUAACGAUUUGUAUGAAGCUGUUGAAGACUUUAUCGACGAUUUUUUGGAACACGAAGUAUCUCCACGACAUGAUUUGUAUGAGUAUUUGGAGCGCUAUAAAAAUGUAUGUGAGGAAAUAAUUGCAAGCGAAAUUGAUAUUGCUGAAUGUGAUAAUCUGAUGAAGGAAUGUGUUCGGUCUUCGUGGGUUGCCGAGAACCGGGCCAUUAAGCUUGAGGGUCGCUGUGGAGAUCAGAAAUAUGCAACAGGCAGUGCAACUUAUCUCGUAGCAUCGUUUCAUCCUGAACGAGUCACUGAGUUAAAGCAGUUACUAAAGCGUGAUGUAUUUUCUCGUCUUGAUUCUUCAUUAUGUUUACAAAUUCAGGUGCGUUCACUUACGUUGCAAAUUCAGUGGCUAAUUGUGAACUACAGUAAUGCUUUUAUGAUAGAAAAUCGUUGUGAUGUGGACAGCUUACCAUCUCUUAUUCCUGGUUGUUGUGAUACGAACAGUCGACGAAACCUUCGCUGUGCUCUGUCAGAUCUAUUUAAUUUCUUACGUUACCCAAAUCUUCCAUCUCUCUUUAUUACAAAUGUAUCAAGAUGGAUUAGCGAACUGGGAGCUGCUCUUCUUAAAUCAUGCACAUGUUAUGAUCAACAGUAUUUGCUUUGUCAACUGCUUCGCCUGGUCUCACCCAUCUCUAACUGGGCAACACCUUUACUUCAGUCAUAUGUUGAAGUAGACAAUUCAUGUGAUCGUCUCAUUAUUGAUAACUGUAUCACAAUGUUGAGUAUAUUGUUCUCUUCGAUAAGGGGUCGUGAAAGUUUUUUGCGACGGAUAUCUGAUUUUGGAAAGGACUGCAAUUCUUGGGUUAUAGUCACUGACAAUGGAAACGAAAUCGAUGAAUCUACAGUGAGAAUGAAUGAGACAGAUUUAAUUGCAUUUUUCAAUCAAUUCAGUGUUGAAGCCAUUUUUGCAAAAGCAAUCUGUCAUUUUGUUAUUACUCUUAGGUCUAGUCCAAUUGACGGAGUAUUAACGGUGAUUACUUUUGCAUUGUUGCUAGUGAAAAUACUCAACGAUGGUUUACAUGUUUAUGGCACAGCAGAGUAUCGUCAAUUUUGUAAACAAAUUGGUCACGCCUUACGUCAGAGCGUGAUAUGUACUGCAGAAUUCUUUAAAGCUGUCAAGAAUACGUUAUUAUUUGAUGAAGUCAAAAUGGUGCAGGAGGAAAUGAACAGGAUUGUGUUACAUGGCAUUUACUACAUUAUUAGCAAACGAAGCUUGGGUCUUUGGCAAUUUUUGGUCAAUUUUCCAUAUGAUGUUGUAAGUGAAACAUGCAGAAUGCGUUGUCAGAUAUUAUUAAGACGAAGAGUCGAAGUGACUGUACCCCAGUUAUAUGAAUUUUCCGAAUCAGAUUUGCCGUAUUUAGUAAAGACAGCUGGCAGUUUAGUGGACAAGUUACCAGAUUUACCUAGUGAUGAUCGAAUUUAUAUGAUUUCUGCUUUAUCAGCCUUAAUUUCUGCUUCAGAGGAAGGAGUUGAUUCAUUUGCCAAUGAAAUAUUGGACGCAUGUUUUCUUGAUCCAUCUAUGCGUGAUCAUUUUUAUAAAGCUGGCGCAGAAGCUAUUGGCAUGCUAAUUGAUAAGCAUCCACAUACUUUACGGAAGAUAUUACUUCUUAUCGAUCGGAAUCUUCAUGCUUUAGAUGAUUAUGCAGUUGAGAUUUUGUCAACGGCUCCUUUAUCGAAGUGUCGCUUAUCAGUGGAUGAUGUUGGUGUGAUAUGUGGUAAGUGGCUAAUUAAUAGACCUCCAGAUCAUCCAGCAUCAAGGAUAGCUAGGCGUUUGCUUGGUUCCAUGAACUGGGGAACAGAUGAACAUGGAAAGUUGUGGUUAACAUCUGAAGUGCAUGUAGUUUGUGCGGAAACCCUGAUUAAAGGACAUCUGGUUCAGUGUAAAGCAACCAAUGGAUUGAUCUCAAAGUCCUGGAAUAAAGUUACAAAAAUGGCAUCAAAAGUCCCAGAUUACGAGCAUCAGUUUGACUCUUUUUGUUGGGAUAUAUUAAUACGACUCAAAUUACCCUCACAAACAACUGCUUUGAGUGCUCCAUCAUUUAACGAUCUCGCGUCUUUCUUCGUUUUUGUCAUUCAACGUUCUUUAGUGAGUAUCGACGAUUUUUUAUCGUUGGGACUAACAUUAUGGUCAAAACUCACUUCUUCUGGUUGCUAUGCUGCAUCAGUUGUUGUGCUUGCGCGCAUUGUUUCUUCAUUUCCAGAUGCAGUUCGUGAACUAAUUUUACAAUCAGACUUCAUAGAAAAUCUUAACCGAUUACUUCUUUAUGACCAAAGUUUAUAUGCAUUUCAACUAAUCACUGGCAAAGAUAAGUUUCCUGGUCCAGUUCUCCGACUUUUAAGUUCAGCUAUUACGUAUUAUUUGAAUGAGAAGUUUUCGGAUUUACAUCUAAUUGGUUGGAUAGAGCUGUUGUGUUGCAAAAGAUCCACUCAGUGGAAUACCGAUAAAUGUACACUUUAUUUGUUGGGAGUACUAGUACGUAUCGCAUUUGUCAAGGACCAGUCUAAACUACUAGAAAUUCCAAAUUUAUUAAAAAUUAACUAUGCUGUUUUGUUACAGCAGUGGAAGGAAGAUUCUAAAGGCGUUAUAUCAUGGUUCACGAGCGAUGGUAAUGUUCCACUUCUUAUUGAUACCAAAAAUUUUAGCAUUUCACCAUGGGCAACCUAUGGACUGUUGCUUGCUGAACAGCAAAGUCAUCAAACUUUUUAUGAAGCUCUGUACCAAACAAUGAGCAAAUAUCCAAAAUAUAGUUUAGAUCAGUGUGUAAAGAAAGCAGCAUCCAAAUCUCAUAUUUAUAUUCCUGUUGAGCGAUUGCACUUCCAUCGUUGGUUGCAGUUCGCGUGCACUGAAAACAUAAGCGAGCAUCCUCUUUUUCCUUUAAUUUUACAAAACUUGGCAAUCCAUCUAUAUUCACGGAAAAUAUUCAUGAACUCUCAGUUUUGUUAUGGCGAAAAAUAUGUGAUGAAUCCAACAAGUAAGCUCUUAUUUGAUGAACUGCGGAAAAAUUUGCUUAGAUUAGAAUGUUGUGGUGAUAAGAAUGUCUCCUUAUUUUGCAAGGCGUAUUCUCAGUGGUUGUCAGUUUCAGAAUUUUCCAGUUCAUCGAUUUGCACUUCUGACCAUAUACUGCUCGACCAUUUGCUACGCCCCAUCAUUGCUAAUGACUUUCAUCCAUGGUUAGAAUAUGUUGAUAUAAAUAAGUUACGGAAGGAAGUUCAGAUGGAACAACAACUAUAUACAACUGCAUGUCAUAUCGGUUCUUUCGCGAUCAGUCCAUCAAUAUUUGUUGCUCCUACUCUUACGGAGUUGACAGCAAUGUUUAAAAAACGAAGCAAUGCAUUGCCUCAACCGACGAUACCGUUGCAUAUAACACUUCCACGAGAAAUUGUUUUUGAUUUGUCCAUGGCAUGUGAUACAAAUUCUGGUCUGGUGCCAUUUGCUUCACAAAUAAAGAAAAUCAAUGCAGCUGCAAAGUCAUUCAUUAGCGUGAAAGCUCAUCUGGAAGCGAUGGAUGAGGUAUAUGUUGGAUAUUAUUCACAGCUUUAUACAAAGUCGACUACUGAAUUGUCUGUUCUGUUAAAGUGCAGUAAUCCUCUUGGAGGCAAGUGUACGCAGCCAGUUACAUCUUCGGUAGCCGUAACAGCGAGUCAUUAUCAGACACCUGUGGAAUAUGAAAUGAAGUUAAACCGUCAGAAAAGGUCAGAGGAAUUGGCAAGCAUUUACUCCCAGUUGUUUGAGCAGACGUCGCUUCAUUGUGCAUAUUUAGAAUCUAUAGCAUCAAAGUUGUGCGUUUACUUGAGAGAUUGUGACAGCCGUGCAGAUAGUCAGAAAAGGCAAUUGCAUGAUGUAGGCGGAAUACUUUUUUAUCAUCUCAUUUUUACUUCGUCUUUGGGAAUGCCUUUUCCGGCAUCAAGAAAUUCUUAUGAAUUUGUUUUAACUAAACUAGGAAAGACUUUUAUUGCCUACAAUCCGAAUGAGCAAGAGAAGUUAAUGCACGUUGUUUUACAUGGCUCUAGCUCUCUUUUAGCUAAUAUUUUAACACAGUGUUUCACCCCUCAUUGUGUUUCGUCAUCCAAACUACUUAAGUUAUAUACUUCUUUAAGUAAUGCUAUCAGUGACCCGAGUGCAUCAUCGGCUGUAUUGGCCUUGCUUUCACAAUUUGAUAUCACAUGUGCUUGCCAUAGGUUAUCUCCACUAGAGUUUUCCCAGUUUAUGCUUGCUGCAUUUAAAAAUCUUGUUUCAAUAUCUGAUACCACAUCAUCGCUGUAUAAUAUUUGCUCUAAUCAUUUUAUCUGUGCUUUAUUUUACCAUUUUCCAAGCAAUUUCGCUCAAGGCCUAGAAUAUGUGCUCUCCGCCUGUGACUCACGAAGCUCACCAGUACAAGUUUUUGAUGAGAUUAUCAAGAAGCUUUCAGGCAUUGCAAAUGCAAAAAAUUCAAAUCCUGCACUUGCUGUUGAUAUUGCAACUGCAGCAGCAGCAAUUGAAGUAAUCUCUUCACGAUUCAAGAAGUCUAGAAAAGAUUUAUCAAUAGAGUUAUAUAGAGUCUGGGGUAUUUAUCUGCCAAAAGUUUUGCAUAUAGCUAGAUUUAUUUUACAAACUUUUGCAUCCUUAUUAUUUGAUCCUGAACAAUCCAACACAAAGCAAGAAUCAGAUUUGCGUAGAAUUUUUGAAUAUUGUGUACAAGUAUUUAACCCCCUUUUGGAAUCAGUUCAUUGGAAGUUACCACCAUGGAAGCCAUCUGAUACCGAAGUUCUUUCUGUGGUCCUUGAUAAUUUUGUUUCACUUAUUGAACAGAUUCAUCUGCUCUACGAUGCUUGUUUUCCUCCUGGUUCUGAAAAUGUUGUAACGUUGUUCUGGCGUUAUUACAGUCAGAAGCUAGCAUUUGUUACCGGUGGUGGCUCCCAUGUGCACAAAAUUAUCGAAGGUCGAUUUAUUAGCAUUCCUUGGCAUUUUUUUUGGCCAAGUUUACAUGAUCUUGCUUUAAUGAACAAAAUCAUGAUUGAAGGUCCGCCAGAAAGCGCUCCUUUGAUUACUCAAAUAAUUGUUCGUAUACCAUGGCUACCUCUUAUACAACAUCAGGCAAAUCAACCCGUAGAUGCUAAUCGUACUUUCUACUCGUUGUUAUUUUCUGUAUUGGCAAGUUGUGUCAGUCGGCCAGCUAAUUAUUCAAUUUGCCGUGCUUCAAUGCCUAAAUUGAUGGAUUCAUUGAAAUCAUCAUCUUGGCAUUUAGUUGAUAUUGAUGAGCUCAAUGUAAUUUCAUUAAGAAUUGCUACUAAUUUUUCGCCUACAACAGUUAUUGAUCCAAAUGAUGUCACCGGCUCAUUUUUUGAAUUGUAUCGUCGAGUUUGCUUUUUUGAAAAAUUUUCGACUACAUCUGAUUCCGGUUUCAAGAUAUGUCGAAAACAGUCUUUCUUCAUUCGUACUCAACUUGCCUUAAUGCUUCGAAGUUCAACUGACCAGCUGUGGUUAAGUCGAUUUUACGAAGAACAAAUAAAGGAUACUGAUACAAUUCUUCUGGAAUCAGCACAAUUAUCCGAUAAUGAGAUGCUCUUAUCUCGUGAGCUGACGUCAUUUUGGUCUGGCAUAUCAGAUAAUAAAUUUUUACAAAUAUUCGUUACAACUUUACUCCAAUGGUUGGAAACAAAUCCACAUUCUGUGCUCGUUCUAUUACUUAUGAGCACUGUCACGAGUGGCCUAGAGCUUAGUCAACUGUCUUUCAGCUUUCAAGUUAUCGAGAAAUGCAUUGCAACUUAUUUUGAAAGAACUGGUCCUUGCGACUGGAGCGUUGUACUGGAAUGGGUGGUAUUACCAGAUCCCUGUUGGCAACAUCUUUUCGUUGUUCCCAGUUCUGAGAAAUCGAUACCCUUUCUGCCGUUGUGUGCAAAUGUAUUAAUAACAAGGCAUUCCUUAUCCUCAACAGCAGGGAGACAAUCAGAGACCACUGUGGUAUCGGAACUUUCAUUGCUGCAGAUGUUGUUGGAUUUUGUGACAACCAUAAAACCAAGAUAUGUGACCAAUGAAGCAGCAUUUUUACUUUUGGUAGAAAAGUUACAAAAUAUGCUACUACGUCAGUAUGAUCAUUCUGUUACGCUUGGUAAUCAGUUUUUAAUGCAGUACAUGGAGUGGCUUGAAAAAGUAUAUAGUGACGACAAAUCGAGUUCCAUAUUUUCGAUGAUCGGUUUUUCCCGAAAACAGCCCUAUUCGCUCAAAAUGCGUUACAUAUGCCAUUUGAUGAAUUUAUAUAUUUCUCAGCAAAUGGUAGCCUCAGAUCAACCUCCGCGAAGUAGUUCUGACUUGCCAGUGCUAAACAGUCAAAUCCAGGCAUUCCACGAAUUGAGUGUUUCUAAACAGUAUGCUCCGUUCACGACCCUCUCUGAGUUUGCUCAUUCUUAUUUUAGUCAGGUAGAAAAAUAUCAUAUUAUGCAUGUGAAAGAAUUGUUUGGGCACAUUAUUCGAUCACUAUACAAUGAAAAAUAUCUAUGUACUACAAGUUCUGUUAUGUAGCU